AUGGGAGAAUCAGUUGCUAAUAAAUGGAGUGAAGAAGACGAACAUUUGUUUCAUGAAGUUGUGUAUUCGAAUCCUGUGUCAUUCGGUAAAAACUUCUGGAAUCAUCUUUCAGAAGUAUUCCCUUCACGUUCAAAUCAUGAGAUUGUUGGCUACUAUUUCAAUGUGUUUAUGUUGCGAAUAAGAGCAGAGCAGAAUAGAUUUGAUCCAAUGAAUGCUGAUAGUGAUGAUGAUGAAUGGCAAGGGAGUGAUGAAUCAGAGGAAACGGAGAAGUAUGAUUCCGGUGAACAUGGGAAUGGAAUUGAGGAUUCUAUUGUUGAUGAAUAUUUUGAACCCUCGGAUCAUAGAGAUUGGGAUGUUGGUUAUUUUUCAUGUUCAAGAACUAAAAGUGAUUUCUUGCCAACUGGAAGUAUGAUUGAAGAGGUGUUUGGUGUUGAAUCUUGGAACUUUGAUGAUAACGAAAGCUCAAAUUAG